ACAAUAUUUCAUUGAAUAACAAUCGGAAAAAUCAGUUGAGAAAAAAAAAUCGGAGAAAUCAAACAAGUGAUAUUUGUUGGAAGAGAAUUGUGAGUGGAAGUUAGAACUCAGAACAUGUCUUUCACAUGGUGCGUUAACCCAGUUUCUUCACAGCUACAAUUCAACCCAACAACAUCAUGCUUCCACUCCCACGUUUCUGGAACAACAACAACAACCUCGUCCCUGUCUCUACUACCUCGUUCAUCUCCUCUUCUCUCUCAAAACACCGUUUUCCAUUCCCAACCCAAACUACAUAUCAAACGCUCUUCCACCACAACUCGCUGCUCUGCGUUGACUCCUGAAUUGAAGACCACGUUGGAUAAAGUUGUUACUUCAAACAAAAUAGUUUUGUUUAUGAAGGGUACUAGGGAUUUUCCACAGUGUGGAUUCUCAAAUACAGUGGUGCAAAUUUUGAAGUCUAUGAAUGCUUCUUUUGAAACUGUAAACAUAUUGGAUAAUGAUAUGGUGCGCCAGGGACUUAAGGAGUAUAGCAGUUGGCCUACUUUUCCUCAGCUAUACAUUGAUGGAGAGUUUUUCGGUGGAUGUGAUAUCACUGUUGAGGCAUAUAAGAAUGGAGAAUUACAGGAAGUGGUGGAGAAGGCAAUGUGCUCUUGAGGUUUCAUUUCCUCAUGAGCAGAGAUGGAAGGAAUGAGUUACACAUUGGCUUUGGAUUAAUGGACCAAAAACAUUUAUAAUACAUUAUGUUCUUAUUAUGUAUGUGUAUGAGUACUACAUUGCAAUAAUCUUGACAUUUGGAUACAAAAUAGAAUAUCUCAUUGAAUGGACAAUUAUAGUGCUAGUUGCUGCUGUAAACUUUGUUAAAUUAAUCAUUUUUGUGGCUUUUGUAUUA